AUGAAGCUCUAUCCAUCAUGGCUCGCUGCAUUGAGGCUUGCAGUACUCUUCGACCCUGUCGCAGGCAUAGGACUACCAGCGUCUACGCUAGUAAGAGACCUGCGACUCGCGGCUGAGUUGGGCUUAGAUUCCCAUCUCGCAUGGAAUGACCCUGGAGCUUUCCGUUCUCUGAUCGCCACUUCGGCAGAUCCCACAAUUGCGGUAGAAUAUGCAGAGAUUCUCAUUGACCACGAGGAUCCCUCGCUUGGCACCUAUCGGAACAGAUUUUGGGUCAAUGAAGAGUUCUAUGUUCCUGGGAGUCCGGUCAUGGUCUAUGACAUUGGAGAGAACACUGCGGAAUAUUCGGUUUCUUUGUUGACAAAUUCCUCAUCGUGGCUUAGUCCGCUGCUGCAAGAGUUUCACGCUAUGGGAAUUGUGUGGGAGCACAGGUAUUAUGGAGACUCCCUUCCAUUCCCCGUCAGCCAGGAUAUGCCCGUGGAGCACAUGAAAUAUCUCACCACAAAGCAAGCCCUUGCCGAUAUCCCAUAUUUCGCCGCAAAUUUCAGCCGGGCGAGUCAUCCCCAUGUCGAUUUGACCCCCAGAGGAACUCCUUGGGUCAUGGUCGGCGGUUCCUAUCCUGGUAUCCGAGCCGCGUUCAUUCGCAACAAAUAUCCCGAUACCAUUUUUGCAGCGUAUGCUUCAUCCGCUCCUGUACAGGCUCAACUCGACAUGAGCGUGUACUAUGAACAGAUCUACCGCGCUAUGGUGGCCAACGGGUACAGUAACUGCACCAAGGACAUCCAGGCUGCUCUCAAGUACAUCGAUGACCAGUUGUCCAACGAAGACACGUCCGCGUCGAUCAAACGGCUUUUUCUUGGACCCGAUGCGGAGAAAAACAGCAACGUGGACUUCACCUCGGCUUUGGGUGCUCUUUACGGACCCUUUCAGGCUCACGGGAUUGGGAGCGAUAAUCAAAGCUUGCACAACUUUUGCAACUACCUCGAGCUAGAUCCAGAGACAAACCAUUCGGCAGGGCCGGAAGGUCUCGCUCCGACCCACGGCAGGAGAUAUGUUGCGGAGCGCUGGGCGUCCUUUCCAUACUUUAUCGCGCUGGUCAACAGGGUGUUUGGGACUAACUGCAACGGUCUCAAUGCAUCAGAGCCUUUGUCGUGCGAGUUUGGUCGACCCAACACAAUCCCAGAAUUGAUCAGCUGGAGUUGGCAAUACUGCACCGAGUGGGGAUUUUUCCAGAGCAACAACCUUGGGUCUCAUGCACUUCUUUCCUCGUAUCAAACCCUGGAGUAUCAGCAGGAACUCUGUAAUCGCCAGUGGCCAAAUGCCGUCCAGGCUAGUAUCCUACCGCCACAACCACGGACGGAAAGCUUGAAUGAAGAGUUCGGCGGCUGGACUAUCCGACCGUCCAACGUGUACUUCAGCGGGGGGCAGUUUGAUCCCUGGAGACCAUUGUCGGUGGUAUCUGAUGAGAAAUGGGCUCCACAGGGAGUCAACUUUACAACUGAAAUACCGGCCUGCGGGGUCUCCACAGGCAGAGACGCAAUAUUUGGAUACAUUAUGGAGAACGCGGUGCAUUGCCCAGACUUUCAGCUCACCCCGGACGCGGCGGUCUCUCGGGGGUACUUUACUCAGGCCUUGAAACAAUGGCUGCCAUGUUUCAGGCAAGACCAUCAUUGA